ACAGCCUUAAACGAAAUGGAAUAUCAUAGGAAAAGAAUGAAUGAGUAUCUUUGUCACGGCUACAUAGCGGAAGAAAUUUUUAAAGAAGUGAGCACUCCUAGAGUGAAGCGACAUCCCGAAUCUUCGUCAACCAAUUCAAAUCACAACUUCUUAGGCGAUGACAAUGUUACGAUACACGAUAAACUUUUGGCGGAUGAAGGAAGCACGAAAUAUAAAAACUGGCUGCAACGAAUGACGACACUAAACGAUUUGUAUCAACAUUAUGCGCCUCAUAAAAAAAUAAAAAAAAAGCAAGAUAUUCAGCACGACGAUAUUGAGGAAUUCGAUGGCGAGGUAACGGGAUACGCAAUGCAAGCUCCUCUGCCGGAAUCAAACGGAAAAGUAGGCAUUUACGAUCCGUCUCACGAAGAUGACAUGCUACCAUCAUCAACGGGACAUCAUUCUUUCCAUUACGGAUCUUUGUUUGGCCAUCAUCACGGCGAUCACUAUGGACAUCAUGCUGACUUCUUCCCAUUUGCUCACGAAGAAUACUAUUACGCGCCGCAUCAUCAAAACCAUGAAGAUCAUAAAUCCUCUUAUUCCAAAGGAAAAAGCAGUGAUCUCUCGCUCAAGGAAUUCUUCGAAAUUGCACUCACCGCGCUUGCAUUCUUAUCAUUCGGAUUAUUCAUUAUUCAGCUUAUAUGUAAUGCUACGGAUAACAGCAGUAGGCGAAAGAGGAGAGACACGAUUUCUCUUUCCUCGUCUAUCAUUAGCAACGAAGACUUGAACGAGUUAUCUUAUCGCGUUUUGAGGUCCAUCGAAGCGGCAAUGGUUGCCGAAGCAGAUUCUGGUAAUUGUUUACGCAGGAUACUAUGUGAAGAUAAUCAAUACUCCAAAGAAACUAAAGAUGAUCGCAGAAUUUGGAUUCCCAUUUGGAGCUUGGGCAUGAGUUGGUUGUCUGGUAGAAUGUUGUACAAAACUCCAUGGUCGGCAAUGUUGGAUUCUAUGAAGGCAUCCAUUCUGGGCUUGGGUGGAAUCGAUUGCGUCUCUUUCUAUCCGGAAUGCGAUCUCGAGAGUGAAAGAAUUAAGAGGCGUCGCAGAAAAAAGAAAUAA